AUGUGGUGUGCCGCUGUCAGGGCGGUGGGAGCCGGCUGUGCCCGGGUCCUGGUCGGAAGAAGGACAGCGUGUGUCAUACUUGUCAGGAAGCAGGAGCCUUUGAGGACACAUAAUUUUGCAGCAUGUCUGCAUGGAAAGGACUCUGCCUUCGGGAGUUUGCUGGGGGUGAGCAGAGAGCAACCUGCAGAAGAAUAUCUCACUCCACAGGCACCAGCCGUCUCCUUUAAUAAAGCUGAUCAAGACAGUUUAUUGAAACAUACCCCAAACCAACCAGAGGACCCCAAAAUCCUUAAAAUCGCUAUCAUAGGGGCCCCAAAUGCUGGAAAAUCAACAUUAUCCAAUCAGCUUCUUGGCAGAAAGCUGUUUCCAGUGUCCAGUAAAGUGCACACAACCCGCUGCCAAGCACAGGGUGUCGUCACAGGCGGCAACACACAACUGAUUCUCCUUGACACCCCUGGUAUGGUCAAUGCUAUCAAAGUAAAAAGGCAUAACCUGGAGAAGUCCCUUCAGGAGGACCCAUGGGAGUCUGUGAAGUUGGCUGACGUAGUGCUAGUUUUGGUGGAUGUUUCAGUGAAGUGGAUGAGAAGCUCUUUGCACUUGGAAGUUCUCAAGUGUUUGUCUCAGAACUCAGCCAUCCCCAGCAUCCUCGUGCUGAACAAGGUUGACCUUUUGAAGGAUAAAGGCUCUUUGUUGGAAAUAACAAACACUUUGACUGAAGGCGUAGUGAAUGGGAAGAAAGCACAUGUACAUUCUGCAAUUUCAGGUAGAAGAAAGGGGAAGAAAGGUGAAGCCGAGGCGAACAGCUUUGAAGAGUCAGAGGGAUCAAUAAUCCCAGAUGCGACUUCAGACAUCCCAGCAGAUCUUCUCACUAAGGGGAAAACGAAGCACAAAGACUUGCAGAAGGUUGGGUGGGCCCAUUUUCAAGAGGUUUUCAUGCUUUCUGCCAUACAUGGAGGUGAAGUAGAUACACUAAAGAGGUACCUGAUGACCCUUGCCAAGCCUGGAGAAUGGCUAUUCCAUAGUGACGUUGUUACCACCCAGUCACCCCAGGAAAUCUGUGACAAUAUUAUUAGAGAGAAGCUGCUGGAAUACUUACCCCAAGAGAUACCAUACGGUAUCACUCAGGUUACCAAUUUAUGGGAAGAAGGUUCCAGUGGUGAACUGGUUAUAAUGCAAACAUUGCUGGUGGCAAAAGAAAACCAUGCGAAACUAGUAGUUGGUGCUGGUGGGCAGGCCAUUAACAAGAUUACCAACGAGGCCGGACAAGACUUAAUGAACGCUUUCCUCUGUGAUGUCAGACUGCGUCUUACUGUAAAGUUUAAGAAGUGAUGUCAACAGAUUGUGCAUAUGUUUUCUCAUUACAAAGCCCCAAGUAGAUUAACACACAAGGCAGGAAUCCAGGCCGGCCCGCUGGAGGUUGUGGCACAAGUGGAGAGCACACGAGUCGCUGGAAGACUCUAAUGCUACAAAGCGGCCAAUUCACUAAACUGCAUUUGUCAUUUUAAUGUUCAUGAUCAUUUUCUCAUCAAAACAGUCUGUCUACUUUAAAAUUGUA